AUCGCGCAUACCCUUCCAGUUUCACUUAAUAACGUUGGAGGUGUAUUCGUGGGAGCCUGUUCCGUAUUAAUGGGAAACUUUUGGGAUGCUCAUAGUACUGAAACUCUGUUGGAGUCAGAUAUAUCGGUAUAUAAGGUUGUCAUAAUUUUAGUGGAAGCUGCUAAUUGGAGAUGAGCAAUCUCAAGCUUGGGGUGGAGGUUACAGGUGCUCAUGACCUUAUGCCAAAAGAUGGGCAAGGUUCAUGUAGUUCCUUUGUGGAACUUCACUUUGAUGGUCAGGAAUUUCGAACAACCACUAAGGAUAAAGAUCUGAGUCCAGUUUGGAAUGAGAAAUUCUACUUCAACAUUACUGAUCCAAGCAGAUUGCCAAACCUCACUCUUGCCGCCUGCGUCUACCACUAUAACAAAUCCACCGGUUCCAAAGUGUUCCUUGGCAAGGUCCACCUCACUGCAACAUCAUUUGUCCCGUAUGCAGAUGCUGCUGUUCUUCACUACCCUUUGGAAAAGAAAGUUGUUUUUUCCCGCGUAAAAGGAGAGCUUGGCUUGAAAGUAUUUGUUACUGAUGACCCUUCAAUUAAGUCCUCAAGUCCUCUUCCUGAUUUAGAACCAGUUACUAAUACAGAUCAACACACUGUUCAAGAUCAAACACCAUCAUUCACAAGUUCAAUACUGAAUGUGUUUUCUCGAAAGAAAAAUGACUCAAGGCACACAUUUCAUACAGUUGCCAAACCAAAUGAAGAAAAACAGCAUCAAUCUUCUUCUUCAGCAGCUGCCAAGCCGAGUUCAAACUAUAUGACACAUGAGAUGAAAUCUGGAAUGCCGCCUCCUUCGAAAUUCGUGUAUGCAGGUUCAUCUUCUCCUUUUGAUUAUGCAUUGAAAGAGACAAGCCCUUAUCUUGGAGGGGGCCAAGUUGUUGGUGGGAGAGUUAUACGUGGGAACAUGCGCCCCAGCACCUAUGACCUUGUUGAACCAAUGAGGUACCUUUUUGUAGGAGUUGUGAGGAGGGGUGUUCAAAGCCGAUCCGGACCGAACUAAACCGAUCAACCGAACCAAAAAAACCGAAAAUCAAAUUGAUUUUUAAUCUCAAUUGCUAUUUCAGGACUAUGACUCCCAAAAGAAAGAAAACUGUCAUGAAUAAUGAUAUCAAUAAUUGGAAGGAAGCUUCAGAAAAGAUGAGGAAUCAAAAGGAUUGCCUGUGCUGCUGGGCUAUAGUGGUAGCUGCUGCUAUUGAAAGUCGGUACAAUAUAAUUGACAAACCCAGUGUUGAAAAUAUUACUGUUUCACCACAGGAUUUGUUGGAUAAUUAUUUGACGGAUGAUCAAGCAGAACAACUCGGGAAAGACGGCACAUGCCUGGAAGAAAUGGGAGUUGGUCCAGUGGGUCCACGUGGUUGUUUUUCAGCAAGACCUAUUGAAGUUUUAAGAUGGGUAAUUAAAUAUGGGUGUGUAGAAGAGAGUAAUAGCAAUCAAUUUAUAGCAAAAAAACAAUGCAACACACCCAACAGAAAGGCCGAGUUUAAGGUGGGAAAUUUGGAAGAAGUUUCUGAUAUAUGGGAAGCUGUUGGUAAACAACCUGUAAUUGCAACUCUUUUGUUAACGCAAGCAUUUUAUAAUCUAAAAAAUGAUUCUAUAUAUAAGGAUCCCAUUAGAGCAAAAGACCUAAAAGACAAUAGUUAUCAUUCUGUUUUAGUAGUGGGACGUGGUAAAAAAAAUUAAAGGAAAAGUGGUAGAAUAUUAUAUAAUUAAGUAUUCUUGGGGAACAGUAUGGGAAAGAAUGGCUAUGGAAACCUCAUCCGUGAGCCAAUUACACACGAGGAUUUAGAAGGGAACACAAUAUCUACUGAUAUAUUGACACAUGGAGUAAUUCCUAUUGAUGUUUCUAAGAUAGAAGAGCAGGAAGCUGUUACAUCCCAGGAAGCUGGUACAUCUCAGGCUGGUACAUCCCGGGAAGCUGGUUCAUCUCAGUCUUAAGCUGUGGAGGAAUCUGAGUUGUGAAGGAAAACUCUGAUGCUGUUAUUUGAAAACUCUGAUGCUGUUAUUUGAAUUGUGAUUUUUCAAUUAGUUGUUUUACUUCUGAUAUUUGUAAUUUAAGUUGGAGAUGAGAAAAAUUGGUGCCAAAAAUUGUUUUAAUCAAUAUGUUCUGUGAUGCGGUGUCAAUUAUUUUGUUUUUGGCACCCUUGACAAGAUUUUUUUAUAUAAAAGUCGCAAUUCUAUUCUAUAA